GGCAAGAGGGCGGCGGUUGGUGUCCGCGCCGCUCCCUCCCGAGCCCCGGCUGUUCCCCUGCGCGCGGCUCCCCGUCAUGGCGGCCCUCAGCAAGUCCAUCCCUCAUAACUGCUACGAGAUCGGCCACACUUGGCACCCUUCCUGCCGGGUCUCCUUCGUGCAGAUCACUUGGGCGGCCCUGGAGGAGUCCCUGAAGAUCUAUGCUCCCCUGUACUUGAUUGCAGCAAUUCUCCGAAAACGAAAAUUAGACUAUUAUUUAUACAAGCUACUCCCAGAGAUCCUGCAAUCUGCUUCAUUCCUGACUGCUAACGGGGCCUUAUAUAUUGUUUGGUUUUGCACUUUAAGGAAGAUACUUGGGAAAUUCUACUCAUGGACUCCUGGAUUUGGUGCUGCUUUGCCAGCUUCCUAUGCGGCCAUUCUGAUUGAAAGGAAAAGCAGGACUAUUGGAAGAAUAAAAUAUGAUUUCAUAUUGAUUAUUCCUUGUAUGAGAGGGCUGCUAACAAUUUAUAUGGCCAACUUGGCCACAGAAACACUGUUUAGAAUGGGUGUGGCAAGAGGAACCAUUACAACAUUAAGAAAUGGAGAAGUCCUUUUGUUCUGCAUCACAGCAGCCAUGUACAUGUUCUUUUUCAGGUGCAAAGAUGGUUUGAAAGGAUUUACAUUUUCUGCACUUAGGUUCAUUGUAGGGAAGGAAGAAAUUCCCACACAUUCUUAUUCACCAGAGGCAGCAUAUGCAAAAGUGGAACAAAGGAUAGAGGAACAUGAGGAAAAACCAAGAAGAAUGAACAUAAUUACUCUAGUUAAGAAACUUGUGGAUUCAAUAUGCAAGCAUGGACCAAGGCAUAGAUGUUGCAAACACUAUGAAGAUAAUUGUAUCUCUUACUGCAUUAAAGGCUUCAUCAGAAUGUUUAGUGUGGGAUACUUGAUCCAAUGCUGCCUCCGAAUCCCCUCUGCCUUUAGGCAUCUGUUUACACAGCCAUCUCGGUUACUUUCUCUCUUCUACAACAAAGAAAACUUUCAGCUUGGAGCUUUUCUUGGCUCUUUUGUUAGUAUAUACAAGGGUACGAGUUGCUUCUUGCGCUGGAUCAGAAACCUAGAUGAUGAACUGCAUGCUAUUAUUGCUGGAUUUUUGGCAGGCAUAUCAAUGAUGUUUUAUAAAAGCACCACAAUUUCCAUGUACCUAGCUUCCAAAUUGGUGGAGACAAUGUAUUUCAAAGGCAUUGAAGCAGGGAAGGUUCCAUAUUUCCCUCAGGCGGAUACUAUCAUCUAUUCCAUCUCCACAGCAAUUUGUUUCCAUGCAGCUGUCAUGGAAGUUCAGAACUUGAGACCAUCUUACUGGAAGUUCCUUUUAAGGCUCACCAAGGGCAGAUUUGCUGUCAUGAACCGAAAAGCCCUGGAUGUGUUUGGUACUGGUGCAUCUAAGGAAUUUCAGGAUUUCAUCCCUAGAUUGGAUCCAAGAUACACAGUUGUAACACCAGAGUUGCCCAUAGAGUUUUCUUGAAGAUGACUGUAAAUUGUUAAUGUGACUGUCUGUUUCAUCAUUUUUAUCCUGAAGGGUUAUUAUGUUCAACACAAAGAAGGAGGCCCGAGCUCCAACUUCAGUGUUAUUUCAAUGAGAGAUGCUUUUUUUUUUUUCCUUAUCAAUCAGAAAUACAGAAGCUUUUUAGACAGGUGUUGCUUAAUAAUUAAGCUUCCUCUGUAGCCAGAAUCUGAUUCUGGAUCUCUGUAGUGGUUGACAUUAUGAUAUAUUAUUGAUUAAAUUAUGUCCACAAACAAUAUUGAAUAAUCUAUAUAGAAAUGAAAUAACAAGAGUAAAAUUACUUAAAAAGAUGUCUUUAGUUCAUUCCAAUAUAUUCUUGGUUAAAACUAAGAAUAUUUCUAUAGUUUAGGAUUUACAAAGGAUCACGGGUACAUGGAUUUGGUCUGUAUUUUUUUAACUUUUGAAUGGGUAUCUGUAGUAUGGAAUGUUAUAGAUUUAAAGGACCUCUCCACAGACAAUGCUGCUCAGUGUAGAGCAACAUGGAGAAAGCGGCCAUUCUUACAUCAGGGAUGCAAAGAUGGUUCUUAAACCAUUUGGGUCAAUGUCCUAGUGGUGUGAAUGCUCUUUUAUUCAGCUGAUGACACUGUCUUUCUCAGUGACCAGAUGGGCUAUUUGGCAGUCCGGUGAACUUACAUUCUUGUGGCAGGUUAGGAACAAAUGAAAAUUAACACAUCUGCUACAGUUGAAAUCUUUUACAGUAGCAUUAUACUUGACUAUUUAAAAUCAAAUAUUUGAAAACAAAUCACUUAGGCUUCCUAUAAGUAUAGGACAUUUGUUUUCACUUAGAAGGACUGACUUCUUUGUAGCACAGUUUGUGUACUGUGGUUGUCUAAGAAGGGAUCAAAAUACAAUGGAACAAAAAAGUUUUGGCAAGUUUGAUAGUUUGUUCCUUCUCAACUGUUUCAUCUACAUAAUUUACAACUGAAUACAAAAACCCAGCAGUUGUUAAAGAGUCUGUUUCAUUACUAACUGGAUUCAUGCUCUCAUGCUUCCUUUUCAGAAGUCUUUGUCAUCCGUCCUUUUCACUCUGGAGUUAAGAAGUGGCAAAAUAUAGUCAUUGCUGAUUAUGAAAGUAGUUCAGACUGCUGAUUGAAAUAUAGUCAUUAGAGUAUAUCAGGGAAAAGUUAUGCAUUUUUAAGCUAAUAAAAGGCUUAAGCGGUUGCGAUGUCCUCAGUUAAUGUAACAUAUAGGAACAAUGGCAUUUAAAAAAAUAUGAUCUCAUUGCUAAAAUGUUUUUAGGCCAUUGUAAAUGAUGCAGUAGAACUUGUGUUACAGCAGAAUUGUAACCUAGAAGUUAAAAAUGCUUAAUCCUUCAUAUUUAAUUUCAUCAAGCCUUGUAUACGUCUGUUUAUUUGUAAUCCUAUCCUUGGUUGUUACGACACAUUGAAACCCAACAAAAAGACAGACUCUAGUGCUGUGGUAACAAAGAGAGCCACUUUAAUUUGGUCAAAAUUUUGCAUUGUGAUUAACUUAGAGUGGAUUUGUCCAUUUGGCCAUACUGUUAAAGGAUCAUUUUGGUUUUAGACUUCAACACUGAUUAAUAAAUGUAGUUUUAAGUUUUUGUUCACUGGGAUCAAAAUGAUGAUUAGUACUGUGUUUAUUUUUUUAAUGAAGUAUUAAAGCACUGAGAAAGCAUGGCUACCUGCACCUCAUUUUCUCUAUUUAGAAUUUAUGUUUAUACAGUUUUCUUGUCAGGU